AUGGUACCUAGAUCAUUUGUAUAUACGAGGGCCUGUUUGACAAUUAACCAUGUAUAUAAAAUAGGAUUGCGCAAAGUGAAGCCUUAUUACUUUGAAUAUAAAUCAUUUGCUAAAGGCCGAUGGUUUGGUCGUACUAUUCUUGAUGUUUUUUCAUCCGAAUUUAGAGAUCGCAGUGAAGAUUACUAUCGGUAUGCUAUUGAGAGAGAAUUAUUAACUAUCAACAACAAACCUGUCACAGUGGAUACACUUAUUAAGAAUGGAGAUGUAAUUGGUCAUAAGAUUCAUCGACAUGAACCACCUUGUACUGACGAAGCAAUCAAGAUAGUUUAUGAGGAUGAUGAUUUAAUGGUUGUUGAUAAGCCUGGAGGCAUUCCUGUUCAUCCAGCUGGACGAUAUCGACAUAACUCAAUUGUUCAUGUCUUGAAAAAAGAGCGCAAUAUCGCUAAACUUUAUCCGGCUAAUCGGCUUGAUUUACCUACAUCUGGACUUAUGUUGAUUGCAAAGAAUUCAGCUCGUGCCCAAAGGAUUGAAAGAGAAAUGUCUGGAGGCUUAAUUAGAAAAGAAUAUGUGUGUAGAGUAGACGGUAAAUUCCCUGAUGGAGAAAUAAUUUGUGAAGCACCUAUAAAAUGUAUAUCACAUAAAAUGUCAGUUAAUUAUGUUCAUAAUGAUGGAAAGCCUUCAGUUACAAAAUUUGAACGCCUUAGUUACAACGGAAAGACUAGUGUUGUGCGUUGUAAGCCAUUGACAGGUCGUACACAUCAAAUUCGAGUUCAUCUCCGUUACUUGGGAUACCCAAUUUCAAAUGAUCCUUUGUAUGGUAACGGAACAUCUUGGUCACCAUGGAUACGACCUGGUGAAAGAAUGGCAGAGAAAGAUGCUAGAAUGUUAGUUGAUAAAUUGUUUGAAUAUUCCCCUAUGGAAGAAUGGUUUGAUCCAGAAAAUGAAAACCCCACUACAACAGCACCUAAAGCCUCCAAUGAGGACAUAAUUUUAGACGACACAAGAUGUUCAGAGUGUAGCGCAUCAUUAAUUUUGGGGAAGAAUUAUGAUCAGUUAUGUAUAUUUUUACAUGCUUGGCGAUAUGCAGCUAAUGGAUGGGAAUAUGAAACAGAACUGCCUUUUUGGGCUAAAGAAGACUUUAAUGAUGAUGAUGCACCCGCAAAGUAUAGAAAUGCUUUUAAUGAGAAUAAAUAA